AUGAGCCGACCCUCACAGGAGAACAGAGGUCCUGCUCCCAUGUUUCCGUGUGAGAGUCUGCGCUGUGCUCUCCUGCUCUCUUCUCUCCUCCUUCACACCAGCCUAUCCCUCUACAUCCCUGAGAGCCCGCUUAUGUACUUUAACGAUCAAGUCAGAGAGAGGCACCUCUAUACAGAGAACAGAAGACAGGGACUAUUCCUGGACAUGGCUCCAGAUGGCUCUGUAACAGGAUCUCCGGCGCAGACAGCUAACAGUUUACUGGAACUGAGGUCUGUGAAGGCUGGUGAAACAGUAAUUCGGGGUGUGAGAUCAUCCCUCUACCUAUGUGUAGACCAUGAGGGACAUCUCAAAGGCCAGCGGCUGUACAGAGAGAAGGACUGCACCUUCCGAGAGCUGCUCCUGCCAGAUGGAUAUACUCUCUUCCUGUCUCCUCACCGAGGACUUCCUGUUUCUCUUGCGCCAAAGUCACCUGGACAGGACAGUCUGCGACUCUUUCAGUUCCUCCCUGUAAAGAACGCUCUGAUCUCAGGGGUGGGCCCAGAGGGGGGCAGCGAGGAGGCGUUUGCACUGCCCCAGGGGGCCACGGACUUGGACUCCCAGGACCCCUUUGGGAUGGAGCUCGGGUCUCGCCUCGACAUGACUGUCCCCACAGUGCCGUGUGUGGGGGUGUCCCUGGCUGUAGACUACCCCCAAAGUGCCGUGUGUGGGGGUGUCCCUGGCUGUAGACUGGCACCUGCAGUACUAUUUGUGGGGGUGUCCCUGGCUGUAGACUGCCCCCACAGUGCCAUGUGA